UGUAAAUCAGAUGCAAGUAAGAAUUGUCAGCUAAUUGGCCGUGUGACAGAAAUAAUUUUUAACAAUCAAAAUACCGCACAAAGAAGAAAAUAAAUUACCUCCGAAUUCAAAACUUCAAGAGACCGAUCCACUGGUUUCACUUCGAUUCGGUACGUGACAUUUUACAUGUGCUAACAGUCAAAAAGUCUGUGCUCCGCUCGUCUGCCGAAUUUCUUUGUGAACGAAAGUCGUCUAUAUUUUGAAGACGGCAGAAAUAGUGUAGCAUUCUUCAUCGGCAAAAUUCGACUUCGAACCCCGAUAGAGCGGGUAGUUUUUACCGACUGCUCGAGGUUUUGAAACCCACAAAGUUUGGCACAGCAACGAACAAAACACUUUGCCACCCCUACCAACACCAACAGAAUUUUUACCACCCAGAUUCUGGGUGGUCACGUGACCAGCCGCAACCAGGGUCUUUCUUCCAACGACCAAGGGAGGCAGUGGAGAGGGAGCCUGGGAAAGAGGUUGUAGGAGAUGAAGCAAUAUUCAUUUUGGCCACGUCGAUUCUUAAUUGGCGACGAUGGAGGCGAACAAGAAACAACUGUUGCAUAUGGCUCUUUUAGCUGCUGGAAUAUUGCUAAUCCUCGCAGAAUAUGAACUAUAUGAAAAGCAACAGAAGGCGAACCCCGACACAGAGCCAAGUCUCAAGGUUUCAAAUGUACAGACUCUACAGGGAUCAUAUCAUUUCCGCUCUCCAAGGGAGUUAAGACAAAACGAACGCAGAAAACUGGUUGAGACGUUUUGCAAAAAGACUGGACACAAUUUCAUGCCAGACCCUUCUCACAUUAUAGUGAUUCCGUCUCUUAAAGUGCUCUACUGUAUAACACCUAAAGUGGCUUCCAGGCAAUGGAGAGAAAUGCUCUAUUCAUUUUCAAACAUGAGGAAAAGAGCGCUUCUACUAAGUCGGUAUCCUCCCGAGGAGCAAAAGCAAAAGUGGGAAAAGUAUUUCAAGUUUACGUUUGUUCGUGAGCCGUUCGAGCGCAUUCUGUCCGCAUACAAAGACAAGUUCGUUUAUCCAAGAUUUCCCCGCAAAAAACUUCAACUUCACGGCACAGCAAUUCUGAGAACCGUUCGUCCAAACGCUUCCAAGAGCGCACUUGAUAAGCUUGAUGACAUCACUUUUCGUGAAUUCAUUGAAUAUUUAGUAACCAAAGGAAGCAGCAAAAGUACGCCUGUUAUGGACUGGCACUGGGACAAUUACGUCAACAUUUGUGGAAUGUGUGCCGUCAACUAUGACUUUAUAGGUCAUUACGAAACUUUCGAUCAAGACUUGGCAGAUUUCAAAGAGGCUGCAGGGUUAUCGCCCCAACAGGCAAAGAAAUUCGAUGCUCGAGCCAACAAUAAAUCCAGUACCGCCUCCUCUAUGCUCAGUUAUUACUCGGAGAUUCCCGUAAAGUGGAUCAACAUCCUUGGGCGGUUGUACAGAGCCAACUUCGAGAUGUUUGGAUACAACUUCCCGGGACCUCUUAAGAGUCUUUUUGAGUAAAGGAAGAGAUUAUAGUCAGGAUGUGACAUUUUGAAGACUUUUUAGCUUUUUCCGUCUUUU